AAAACAUUUUAUUGCAUUACUUGUCUCGCCCAUUGUAGUUCUGAUUCACCAGGCAACAGAGCACAUCUACAAGAACGGUCACAACUCCCACUGAAGGUAAAGAGUAACCAUGGAGCGUUAUAUCUUGGUCGUCGUUCUCUGCUUCGCUUGGACACACCAGGCUUUCAGCGACGGUCAUGAUAAAUGGGACUAUGUUCUAGGUGGCGAACAUGGCCCGUCGAAAUGGGGAGGUGACUGCCAGACAGGAAAGAAACAAACACCGAUCGACAUAGAAAGCAUAAAGACAACUUGGAAGAAAGACCUCGGUACUCCCACUCUCACGAACUACAACGAGAUGCCCAACGUUAACUUUACCGCCAAGAAUAAUGGCCACACUCUUACUAUCUCAUUCCCUGAGGACGUCUACAAUGUAAGCGGGAUAGGCCUCACGGGUGUUUACACCACGGUUCAGUUUCACUUGCACUGGGGCUCAACAAACAUGAAAGGGUCAGAACACUACCUGGACGGUAAACAAUACGCUGCUGAGUUGCACUUCGUCAGCUACAACACUAAGUACGCAAACCUUUCCAUGGCAGUGACGCAGCCUGAUGGGCUUGCUGUUCUGGGUGUGUUCAUGAUGGUUGAAGGCGAUAAUAAUACAAAUUAUAACUUUUUGAAAUAUGCCAAAGAUGUCAUUGGCAAGGACACUGAUAAAGAGGGCAUAGCCGCAUUCAAGUUGAAAGGAAUGUUACCGACCGACCUGUCCAAGUUCUUCCGUUACUCGGGUUCUCUGACCACCCCUGACUGCUUUGAAAGUGUGACCUGGACGGUUUUUAAAGAUCCCGUCAAGAUAUCCGAGUAUCAGAUGGGCCUCUUGCGCAAUCUCAAUGACAGCAAUGGCGUAAAAAUGGUCGACAAUUUCCGUCCACUGCUACCCGUCAACGACCGAACAGUCUACUCCAGUUUUAACAUUUCUGGCCAAGGUGCGACCCCUCCGCCAACCUCAGAAGGCCCUACAGCCGAUGCGACUACUGUCAGCAUGUCUGCUGCACUGUUCUUAUUGAUGUUGGUUGCUGCUCUUUUCAUGCAUUAAAUUUCACGCUAGUCAUAAGAGCGCUGGAGAAAUAUUCACAUCUCCAGCUGUUGCAAUAGCUUGCUUGCCGUAGUUUGAUCGACACCAGAGAACUUUGCUGGCGGGUUUUUGUGGACCUAUAGGUCAAAGAAAUCUUUGGUGUCCAAUUUUGCCUGUGUACAGCCCCGCGCUCUCCUAUCUUCGAUUGUUUUUUGGAAGAGAGUGCGCGAUUGUACACAGGCUAUAGGUGUUGAACAUGUUUUCAUUAGAAAGUUUUCGUUGUAGCCUUGCUAUAGCUUGAACAAAGAGAAGCCUCUAUUCGCUACGUCAUCAGAAUGGAAUUUUCGGGCAUCUGAUUCUAGUCUCAGACCUCUGUAGAGCAGGAGAAAAGAAGAGAGACUUUUGUUUAUCCAGGCUAGAUUUAUUUCUUAAUUAGUAUCUGUUACCUUGACAUACAAGGCCUUAUUAAGAGUCAUCAACACCUCAAUUUUACUUGUACAAUAAUACAAAUACAAACAGCGAGUAGAAAACAUUGUUGGGGUAUCACUGAUUUAUCAUACAUCUUUGUAACUGCGUCGCAACCUUUAAGGAUUUAGAAAUGAAAAGGUUAGAAAGUUCCCAUAAUAAGUUAUGCACUGAUCAGCGAUCAGAAAACAAAGGAAUUUGGUAUAGCUUUGAAAGAAAAACCAUUUUUCUAGAUCAAUAUGUUGGUUUUAAGGGGAUAUAAAGUGCGAUGGGGUUUUGAGGUUAAGUUUCUGCUCGACCGUUCCCAGUUGGAGCAAGUUUCACAAGGGAGGAUUCGGGGAUUUAGAAAAGGGGGACCGUAGUGAUUGGGGUGACAACCUAGAGGUAAUGAGGGUAUUCAACAGCAUUAAGGCUUAAAUUUUCCCAAGGGUCUUAGCCAGAGCAUUCUCAUUUUACCUUAGGGUUUUUCUUUUUCUUAAACUUAUGAAACGUGUUUCCUAUAUAUUAUUUGAUAGCUUGAUUUGCACCACGCUUAAUUUAGGACGCUUUUUUCAAGAAAUUUGCACUUUUGCUAGUUGGUAUCUUUAUUGCGGAGUAGCUGCAAACUUGAGUAACUGAAUUUGUAGCCUUAUUACAACGUGAAAUAAAGAAACAGUAUUUUGCACAAGUA